GCUGUCCACGUGCCCCAGGAUGUGGGCCCGACAGUGAGAGGAUGGACUUCUUUCCCAUCAAAAUUGCCAUUCUGGUAUAUCUGCCCCCGUCUUCCCCCAAUGACAAACACCGGUCUUUCGGGGGUUCACUUCCUGUUAGGCAGCAAGUGGACGCAGGUGACAGACGACACUAGACUUUAAACACAGAACAGACAUCUUCUUUCUCGGUGAAGUGUAGACGGUAGUGACGCAGAAUGCCCUGGAUAUUCUUUAUCCCUGGCAAGGCGAGAGACGCGAGCGUUUGCAGACGCCCCUCCAGCUCGUAUCUCAUACUCCCUCAUCCGCUCUGGAGCAAAAUUGGACGACCGAGGGUUGAGGAUGACGCUUUGGUCAUGCAUAAAUACGUCUCACGGAACUGGUGAAGGAUGCGUGAAUGAUUCAUCGUGUGUUUCGACGCAGGAGAGGCCUCAUCGUUAACGGUCAACAGUCCUGUUGCACAUAACCCUGACUUUGGUGUAGCAACACUUCACCAAGUAGUUGACAGCUAAGCCGCAAGGCUGCGUUGUUCCAGCCUUGGUUGAGUCUGACAUAUCAUGUUGUAAGGUUUAGACAAAGGAUGGCGUGUUGGUAAGCCCGAUUCUGAACCUUUUUUUCCGUGGACGUGCUUCUUGUUCACGGUGGACGUCGGUGCUGCUAGGGGUCAACGAGUACCGGGUAUGCACGAUAUAGUACACCAAGUCUCUUACCAAACUGCCCCACGACUUGUCUUACUGCAAUCUCAAUUUUAAAUGUCAUACCAGCGAAAAACAAUUCCGUUCAUCAUGAGAAUUUUGUGCGGCUCUGGUCAGAUAUUGUUCCUCCCUUCGGAAGGCAACGUCUUGGACGCCGUCACCAAGUGGAACAAGUUUAAAUCCCACAUUCUGAUUUAUCAUUUGAGUGCUGAGUCGGGGUUCCCGCGGUCCCUGGCCCGUUCUUCUGUUGUUGCUGUCAUGGAUGGCAAAGGAGAGGAAGAGUACUCUGCUCGUGAGAAGGAAUCGAUUUUCCUUCAUCCUGCAGACCGCCCAGAAACGAAUGUUCCUGGGCUUCUAGCUCCGACCUCUGGAUCCAACGUGGUACGGAAGGAUACCGGUGAUGGUCAGGGGAACCUUGUCUACCUGUCUGAAGGCUCAUUGUCAGCGGAGAGAAUCGUAUCUGAUCGAUCCGCUGUUCCAGAUCCGUUUCCCGAUGCACAGAUCCCCUCUUCUGAAUCUCGUGGCGACGCGAUUUUUAGUGCUGGGAAGGACGAUGUCGACAGAAAAGACGCCGCCAUCUUCCCAGGGGCGGACGAAAUCCACGAGACCUCAUCAGAAAACGACAAAAAAAGCUCUGGCGUUUUCUUAGGCGGGGACGAAAUCCGCGACAACUCAUCAGGUAUCCACCCGCGACCAGGAUUCCUCUCAUGUACGAUAUCGUCCGAUUCCCUAGUCUACUCAACGAGCAGCUGUGUAAGACAAGAGGAUUCCCGCCAGCCUACUACAGAACAGCAAACUGGAAUCAGCGCGCGAGGCUCUGAAGCAGAUAGCCGGUGCAGCAGCGCCAUUGAGGCUAAUCGCUGUGUAUCUGGUUCAACCUCCCACGUAAGUCAAUCGCUCUUUCCAGCUCCCCGGCACGAGAGUGGCCGGAGCUCUGGCAGUUUCCCAUCACAGCACCACUUGAUGCAAGACCUUUCAAACAACUCCGAGCAACCUGUGGCUUCUUCCGGCAUCCUGGAAGCUGCCCCGGCCGAUCCCGAGUCCCAACAGUUGAGCCCCUUGUUAAGGCCGUCAUUCGCCACUCCAGCAGACAGAGGUGCUGAGCAUCGUCUGGCGCAUGCCAGCACGUGGAUCCCUGUUAGUGACCUCACCGGAGAGAAAACGAAAAAUGAGGCGGAGUGGUUGCGCCUUCAGGAUAUCGAUCGGCGCAUCUGGAGAGUUCGGCUCGUGAGAGAGGUGCUUGCUGGACUCAUAGGCAUGCAGGCGGUCUUUGCCCUGACAAGCUUCGUCUUUGAUAAUGCACCUGCCGGGGUCGUGGCACUUUUCUUGACUCUCUGCAGCAUCUUCGCUCAUGCUGACCGAAGGCCGGCUUCCUACUUGCUUACUUCCUUGAUCGCGUUGGCGCUAGCAUCCACUGUGCUUGCUGCGCUCUGUACUCGUGUUUACGGCUUCGAGCAGUACUACGUGGACGUGACUUUGCACCGAGUGAGUUUAGGCCAAAUCGUGGUUCUUCUUUUGGUGAGUAUCAGCACCGCUGUCCUCACUCACCAAACGAUAACCCUGCAAAAAGUGCAGAGGAAGAAUGCGGAGAUCAGCACGCAUGCAGGUGACCAGAUGGUGCUUCCUGGAGUCCUUUCCGAUGUUCUACUGCAGCGAGGCAGUUCGAACGCUCGAUAUAUCCUGCGAUCAGCUGAAUCCACUGCCGCCGCAGCGAAGGCAGAAAGGGUCGUGGGCGUCAGCAUUCCACCACCUCUCCAAGAAGAAGACGAUGAGGCGGAGACCAACACUGACUGCAGUUUCGAUCGACGAGAGUCUGUUAGCGUGCAAAGGGAAGGUGUUUCCCGUCUCGGGAACGCUCUGCCGCCUGCGUAGUGUGUGGGCGUUAUGCAUCCUGUGGCCGGCAGUACGUAGGCGUCUGUCGUGCAUUGAACAGAUACAAGGUACUGCAAUUCAGGGAAUAACAGAAAGUUUUUUCACCGCUGGUGACGGUGUCAUCUUUUGGUGGUGGGACAGUCAAAAAAUUCAUCUGUUUCAUUGACUGUCUUGAACAGAGGGGAUUGCUAAACUCCCUUUACAGACAAUCACCGACGUAACAGCAACGUGAGUUCUUCACGUAGUCUGUCUCCGUAGGUUUGUUCUUCAAUUUGCAAAGAAGAUGUGGAAGGCUCCCCGUAUGUGCUGCCCCUCGAUCUGAUGGCAGUCUUACGAGAUUCGAUAGUCGAACGUUACUGUCCUAAUCGCCAAUGGCUACAUACAGUUGAGUAGCAGGUGUCUCGUCUCCACUGCCACCUCCUAUUGCAUCUGGUUUUAAAUACGGGUUUGCUUCAGGGGGUCAAACGAAACGCCAUGCAGUAGAGACUUUCGGGGGAGCAAAUACCAAUCUGCACAACAGAUCGGGCUUCUUUGUGGGAUGAGGUUCGCAGGGAAAGCCACUACCGCUUGUAAACGCAUAAGAGAGGGCGCGGAAAUUGCUGCUGCACCGCCUGGGCUGCAGACUCAUCCUCGGUGGAUGGAAAAAGCCAUGAACUCUGGAAACGUAUUUAUUCACACUUCGAAAACAUGCUUGCAGCAUGUAGUCAACGAAUUUGUUGGUUGAGACAACAGUGUCGUUCAACACUGGCUCUGUCGGCGUAACUGAAGUUCUGCCACACAGGUAGUGAUGUUCCAUUACAGGAAACCGUAAGAUGAGGUUGCGGACAUGCGGCCGACAGCCAUCAGCUCUGGUCUUCUUUGCGACAGGGUCCAUCUCGUAUCGAGAGAAUCAACACUCAUAUCGUGCCGUAAAGUGUAUUUGAACGCUACUAGUUUGAUCAAGUAUACAUUUUUCGUGAACUCCAGAGGACAUGACCGUAAAGCUU